GUUACAUUUUCCUCCGAGUAUUCUCUUCAUGAAAUCUGUCUCUUAACACAACACCUCAGACUCUACUUGGACCCUACACGUCUGUUGUGAGUAAGCCUCGACAGCGUCUGUACACAAUGCCCCUCUAUGAGAUAUCCCACGCCACCCAUCUGAGCCAAAGCCAGAGGGACGACCUCGCCGAGUCAAUUACGGCGAUACACAGCACCAAAUUCACCGUCCCUAGAAUGUUCAUCAACGUAAUCUUUACAGACUCCUCAAACAUCCCAACCUACGUCGGAGGGAAACAACGCAAGUCAAAUCGCAUCGUCGGCCGCGUCCGACGAGGCUCCUCCCGUACGCAGGAGGACUUCAACUCUUUAUGCCACGAGAUCCGAGCCGCGUGGGCGCGGAUCGUGCACCCAGAGACGGCAGCCGAAGAAGGCCAGCUACCGCCUCAGGCCCUCGAGUUGAGGGCAGUCUUCAUUACCGGGGAGCUCAUUGCUGGGUUGAAAGCUGGCUUUCCGGUGCCCUUGGCUGGGGACGAGCUUGCGUGGGCUCAGGAGAAUUAUGCGGCGUUCAAGGAGAGGGCUGAGGCGGGGGAUGAGGAUUUUGCGGAUCUUGUUGCUGAGGUUGAAAGUUGGCCAGAGUUUGACCCUUGAACUGAGGGAAUAUGAUGGUUUGAUCGUACUUGCUAGUGAAACCUGAUGAAGCUUAUCUGUUAGAAAGCUGUAUGACUGAAGCCGCAUAAGCGCCUCACUAUGCAAAUUCUUCUUAUUCUUCUCCGGCGGCUUGCUCGAGUUCACAUUUGAAGCUACCUCCAAGACUGGCCAUGGACCCAAUCAACGCU